CUCCUGGGCUGAGGGUUUUCUCUCUGCCCUGGGCGGGUUAGCAGGGCUGCCUGCGUCCGGCUUGAGAAUGGCCCGUGGGUUUGAGCAUCUGCAGCUCACAGCUGUGUGCCUGUUACUAGUAGUUAAGAGUCUGCCUUUCCUGUUUUUUUCUUUUCCUUCUUAGGCAACUCUAUUGUUUGAGUCAUACUCCUAUCCGUCCAUAGUUUAUCUUUUAUUCUUUGUGUGUCUUGGUUAUUUUUUGUUGCUUUUAUUUUUAACUUAUUAUUAUUAUUGUGCUAGCUUUGAGCUUGUUCAUGCACAUGCUUUAGGGAUUUUUAUUCUUUGUGUGUGGAGGGGCUCUUUUUUGUGUGUCUUGGUUAUUUUUUUGCUUUUAUUUUUAAUUUAUUAUUAUUAUUAUUGUGCUAUCUUUGAGCUUGUUCACUCACAUGCUUUAGGGAUUUAGCUUUUAUUCUUUGUGGGGGGGCUCUUUUUUGUGUGUCUUGGUUAUUUUUUUGCUUUUAUUUUUAAUUUAUUAUUAUUAUUGUGCUAUCUUUGAGCUUGUUCACAUACAUGCUUUAGGGAUUUACCUUUUAUUCUUUGUGUGUGGGGGGCUCUUUUUUGUGUGUCUUGGUUAUUUUUGUUGCUUUUAUUUUUAAUGUAUAUUAUUAUUAUCGUGCUAUCCUUGAGCUUGUUCACACACAGCUGGCUCUGGGCCCUGCUGCCCAUCCACCUCUCCUCCACUUAACUCCUGACUUUUUGUUGGUGAAGGAGUGAGGAAUUUCACAACCGUUUCUGCCCUAGAUUCUUUGGGCUCCAGAUGCUCAAGAUAAGAUUUCAGUCUGGGCCAAUCAGCUGCUGUCCUGCUUCAGGAUUAUUUUUUUAAAAAAUGCAUCCCAGCUUAGGGGCCCUGCUCUUUAAAAAAAUUACUAUUUUAACUGAUGGCAGCUGGGAAUUCUCCCUCCUCCCCGCGUUGUGCUAGCCUGGAAGGGCUAGGAGCCAGGGGUCUGGCGUUAGGAAAUGUGUGUGUCUGCCUCUCACGUGAUUGCAGCCAGUGCCAAGAUCCCAGCUCCAUGAGUCCCAGCUCCAGUCCUACCGCCUGAGCAGAGCUGGGAGGGGAAAAAAAUGACAUCUCUGGAAACUUCUGCGGGAAUGUUGCAGAGGGAUUUCUCUUCCACAGAGGACCCAGAAAGCAGGCCAACAGUGUUUCCAGUGAAAGCUCUCCCAGGAAAAUGCCUAGGAGUUUUGUCGCCCAUCACACCCAGGAAAUUUUACUGCUCCGUGCUCAUUAACAUUCUGCUUAUACCUGCACUUGGACUUCUUGCUGUGCUUGCGGCAGUGGACCAAAGAGAAAGCCGUAUUCCGGAGACAAGGCUUCUUUCCUCUUGCCCUGGAGCCUGGAUUGGAUUUGGGAACAAGUGUUAUUAUUUUUCUGAUGAUGUAAGGAACUGGACCUCCAGUCAGGACUUCUGUGCAACCUUUGGUGCCAAUCUGGUCAAGUUUGACAGCAAGGAGGAGUUGGGUUUCUUGGAAAGGCACAGAGAUUCGUACGACCACUGGAUUGGCCUCAGAAGGGAAUCUCCACAGCACAGUUGGAAGUGGGCAGACAACACCGAGUUCAGCAACUUGGUUGAGGUGAGGGGAGCCGGGGAGUGCGGCUUUCUGAACGGUGUGGGCAUCAGCAGCGCGCGGUUCUACACGGAGCGGAAGUGGAUCUGCAGCAAGCCAAGCAGCUACGUGCAGUGUGCAGCCACCUCGGGGUCCUUGCUGCAUGGGGUCUCCUGGCUGAGGCUCACACCUCUCAUCCUGGCUGGACACAUAUAUAUGCACAUGGCUCCUUAGCCAUAAAGAAAGUGGAAAUAAUCAAGAGUCCACCACAGGCCUUGGCCCCUAUUGACCACCACAGAGGGCCAAAGAGAAAUCUUUAUAAUCUGCUAUUUACAGUU